UAUUCAGCAUGUUUUGCACAAGAAAUGUCAGCCAGAAAGGGCUAUCUGCUCCCUUCGCCAAAUUAUCCCACAACAAUGUCAUGCUCGGAGAGCCCCGCCGCGAACUCUUUUUUGGUCGACUCGCUCAUCAGCUCGGGCAGAGGCGAGGCUGGCGGUGGUGGCAGCGGCGCGGGGGGCGGUGGCGGCGGUGGCGGCUACUACGCCCACGGCGGGGUAUACCUGCCUCCGGCCGCCGACCUGCCCUACGGGCUGCAGAGCUGCGGGCUCUUCCCGGCUCUGGGAGGCAAGCGCAAUGAGGCGGCGUCGCCGGGCGGCGGCGGCAGCAGCGGGGGCCUGGGUCCCGGGGCGCACGGCUACGCGCCCGCGCCUAUAGACCUGUGGCUGGACGCGCCCCGGUCGUGUCGGAUGGAGCCGGCCGAGGGGCCGCCGCCACCGCCCCAGCAGCAGCCACCGCCCCCGCCGCAACCACCCCAACCCCCGCCGCAGGCCACCUCGUGCUCUUUCGCGCAGAACAUCAAAGAGGAGAGCUCCUACUGCCUCUACGACUCGGCAGACAAAUGCCCCAAAGGCUCCACCGCCACAGCCGAGCUGGCUCCCUUCCCGCGGGGCCCGCCGCCCGACGGCUGCUCCCUGAGCACCUCCAGCGGGGUGCCAGUGCCUGGCUACUUCCGCCUCUCCCAGGCCUAUGGCACCGCCAAGGGUUACGGCAGCAGCGGCGGCGCGCAACAGCUCGGCGCCGGCCCGUUCCCCGCUCAGCCCCCCGGGCGCGGCUUCGACCCGCCACCCGCCCUCGCCUCCGGCUCAGCGGAUGCAGCCCGGAAAGAGCGAGCCCUCGAUUCACCGCCGCCCCCUACGCUGACUUGCGGUGGCGGCGGCGGGGGCUCACAGGGCGACGAGGAGGCGCACGCGUCGUCCUCGGCCGCAGAGGAGCUCUCCCCAGCCCCUUCCGAGAGCAGCAAAGCCUCGCCCGAGAAGGACUCCCUGGGCAAUUCCAAAGGCGAAAAUGCAGCCAACUGGCUCACGGCAAAGAGCGGCAGGAAGAAGCGCUGCCCCUACACCAAGCACCAGACGCUGGAGCUGGAGAAGGAGUUUCUGUUCAACAUGUACCUUACUCGAGAGCGGCGCCUAGAGAUCAGCCGCAGCGUCCACCUCACGGACAGACAAGUUAAAAUCUGGUUUCAGAAUCGCAGGAUGAAACUGAAGAAAAUGAACCGAGAAAACCGAAUCCGGGAGCUCACAGCCAAUUUUAAUUUUUCCUGAUGAAGCUCCAGGCAAUGCCGUUUUUUCGCUGCCAGAGAGCCGUCCUCCUCCCUCAGUCUUCGGCCUCUGCCCAGGAACUCACACCUGUGCCGGAGCCCCAUUCCUCCCUCCCACACUCGCCAUCUCGCUGGCCGUUACAUCUGUGCAGGGCUGGUUUGUUCUGACUUUUUGUUUCUUUGUCUGUUUGCUUGGUGCUGGUUUACUUGUUUUCUGGGGGAAAAAGCCAUAUCGUGCUAAAUUUCUAUAGAGAUAAAUAUUAUUCUCAAGUGUUGAGUGGUGACUGGGCUGGUUUGCUGUCUCGGGGUUCCUCUGCUGGAAAUGGCUCCUGUCCUCCCGGUGGAGCUGGUUUCCUGCGGGAGGUGGGCAAACCUAGCCGGAAGGCCGAGGUCCCAUUGUAGGCGCUGAGGUGUCUGGCCUGAGGUCAAUGGUGCAAGGAGCCGCCACCGGGCUCGCCUGCCUGGAGUGCUGGGCUGUGUUUAAUCAGGGGACACAGGCCCCUGGGUUUCUUUUUUCUUUCUUUCUUUCUUCCUUGGCAAAGAGAAGGGCUUACAAGCAUGGACAUGCAGGCUGGCAAAAGGGCUUGACUUUGGCUGAUUAGAAAAUUGAGAGUCAGAAAGAUUAAUCUUUCCUUCCUCUGUAAGAUAUCCCAGCUUUAAACGGAAAAAAAAAAAAGAAUGACAAGGAGAAGGAAACUUCUCUUCCAGUUUGUGUGAGGUCUUGCAUUGUGGGACUAAAUUAUUUCACUUACCUCUGAAUUUCCAUAUCCUUCUGGCUGUAGAUAAAUAAUCUAAUAUAGUUUUGUUUAUGCGUGCGGAUUUAGUGGGGUUUUUUGGUCAUCAAAUAAUUGUUACCACUGGUAACGCGACAAGCACACCACAAUUCUCCCUAUCUUGUGGAGAGUUUUCUUUCUCAUUUUCUUUUUUCUUCUUCCUCUUCUAUUUUUUCUUUUCUAAAAUUCACAGAAUCCGAGGAGGGCUGGGCAAGCAGAAUAGACUAGAGAAGGGAGACAUUGUUUGGGUUUCCUUUAUACUGUGAAGUUACAUGCAUAAAAGGGUCAAACCUGUAGGUGCAGAAAAAGAAAAAUUAUAAAUACAAAUCUGUAUAAAUGUUUAUUAUUAUGAAAAAUUGCCAAUCUUGUUUUAUGCAAAUGCAUUCUAUCGUUAUUAUAAAUGUUAGUUCUAGCUCUAUUUACUUCUAAUCUUAAAUCAGAAUAAAUUAAUAUUGUAAUGCUGCUGUGCGUGGAAAAAAGACGAUGUUUAUGUUCUUAUAGAAGAAUAAAAGCUGUGGAAUGAAGCUUUUUAAUUUUA